GCCUUCUGUAGGUCUAGUAAAACCAUUCCAGUGAAGAGACCUUUAGACGUCUGGGACUUUAUGUGAUCAACCAGCAAUGGCACACAUAUGCCAAUUCGGAGCUCUCUGAUUUUAUAGAUUUCCGACCAUAACCUAACAACAGCGCCGCCGUGCGUGGAAUAGCAGAACAAUGUCAUACAAUCUUGUAUGAACAUUAGGAUAUCUCUGACUUUAUCUAUCACAUUUUGUUUGCAAUAAAUUUCCCCACUUGAACCUUUACGAAUAGUGACAGCACAGACAACAGGUACGGUGUUCUCUCCUGAUUUUCUCGGAAGGCUAAACUCUAUUCAAACUUAUGUGGAGUGGACAACCGAUCGUUCCUUUGUAAGAUUCAUCAGCAACGGAAAAGGGCAGGCUAAAUAUUGAUGGUAAGAGAGGACACUGCAGUUGUCCAAAGUCUGGACAAAACACUAUCCCAUAAGUCUAAGUAAAAAUAUACGGACCUGCAAAGAGCGGACGAUGAAAAAACGAAAGCCCCCACAGCCCCAGCCCAAGGAGCAGGACUAUGAGGGCAGCGGGGGUGAGAGACGCAGGGAUGGCAACCCAGAUGUGUUCCUGUCUAAGACGUUGGCGUUUCUCCUUCGACAUCGAGCAGAAAAGGAGGGGUUAACGUUGAUGGCAGAAGGAUUCUUGUAUGUAGAUGACAUUUUGAAACUCUCUUCCCUCCAAGAUUUUCGAUAUGCAGAUAUCAAGAGAGUUGUGAAAGACAAUGACAAACAGAGAUUUACUCUGAAGAAAAAUCCUGACACGAAGAAAAUGAUGAUACGGGCCAAUAAGGGUCACACCUUGGAGUUUACCGGUAACCCGGGGGUGCCUGACGUUCCACCGAAUUGUGCCGUGAUGGCGCACCCAUAUUACCAGCAAAUGCAGCCAAUGCCGCCGCAAAUGGCUGUUCCUCUCAACGAUAUACAGAGUGCAAGUCUGGUGCAAGCGGCCAUAAAACUGUUGUGUCACAUUGGCGGGCCCCUCUACCUCCGUGAUCUGGCUGUGGAGAUCUACAAUGUCACGAGGGAUUUACCGCGAGUCAGCGAACAACAGCUCCACAUGCUUUUUCUGAAUUUCCCAAAUAACUUCUGUAUCAUAAGGAAAGAGGGAACAAACUUAGAUGUGAUCCAGGCUGUAUCCAAAGUGGGUUUGUGUAGCGAACAUUGCACGAGGAAAACCGCCUGUAUGGGAUUUCCUGUUUGUGACAAGUUACAUAUAUGCAAAUUUUAUCUGUUGGCAAACUCAUGUAGGUUUUCUAAAAUCCAGGAAGGAACUUGUAUGUUUGGUCACGAUUUGACUACCCAACACAACAGAGCAGUCUUGCAGCAACACUGGCUUGCACACCUGACGGUUCAAGAGCUGAGGUAUCUAUUUCAGUCCACAGAGAGUCGCACCGAGUCGACUCUGCCCCACAUAUGUAAGUUUUACAAUGUAGGGGCUGCAGGAUGCAGAAAUAUAACACAAGGUGUACCUUGCCCGUAUCUCCACAUAUGUCGCCACUACGUGAUGAGCCAGUGUAAAUUUGGUCAGGGAUGCAAGAGGAAUCACGACAUAAACCACACACAAGUUAGAGAAAUCCUAGCUAAACAUGGCAUGAACUUGAAGCGAGCACCUAAAGAGAUUUUAGCUGAGCUACGAGAGUCUGUGUUGAGUUCCAAAGAUCUACAGGACAACAUAAGCCAGAGUAGCCAGAGUUCUUCAACCAUAGCUCAGACACAAAGACAAAUGUCCCAGAUGAGCUUGCAGAGCCAGGAUGACAGCUCUGACGAGGAAAUAGACGGUCCCCCACAGGCACACCCAAACAAGGAGAUCUGUAUCUUCCAUCUUCGUGGCAGAUGUGGAUUCGGUCGCGGCUGCCACAAAUCCCACAAAAACCUACCCUACCAGUGGCAAUACCGCGAGUCGGGGAAGAAGUGGAUGGACCUACCCCCUAAUUCAAACGUAGACCUGGAAAUCAACUAUAGUGACGUGGAGAAGAAUGAGUGUUACGUAAAAAUAACAACAGACAUGCCGCCAAAAGUGGUUCAGCUGAACUUUGACACGUUGGUGGCAGUGGACAAAGAUGGUAUGUCCUAUCAGAUAAGGAGGCUGUCUACUGCCUCGUCCGGGGCUGAGAAGUUCACAUCACUGGCUACACAGUGGAAGUGGUUCUGGCUUGACGAGGGCCAGGCUUGGAGAGAAUAUGGAGAACAGAACGUUACCGGAUACAAGGCUAUAAUAAGUAGUGAAGACAUGGAACAGCGAUACCUAGAGAACUCUACCGGACAGCUUCGCUUUGCCACACUUGGCCACGAGUAUCUCAUGGAUUUUGAAAAGAUGGUACAACAGAAUCUCUUUUACCAAACUGAAAGAAUUGUCCGGCGUCGACCUGUUUUUGUAGCUCCAAAAGAUGUGGCUGAGCGGAAGAAGAGGAAUCCCCAGGGUAAAGGUCAUCAAGGAGCUACCAGUUCUGCAGUGAUAAUGACUGGGCCUCUAACUCAGCCACUGAUGUCUUAUGUGCCCAUGGAGUGGGCCUUUGACCGUACCCAGAAUACAGACCUGUCCAAUCGCGUCAGUUCCCACUUCAGUAGGGUACCGAUUCUUGGCGUGUCCUUACCAUCAGUACGAGAUGAAUGUCGGAAGAUAGAGGACCUAUUCCACAUGACGAUGCCGCAGAACUCGCAGAUACUCGGGAUUGACCGGAUAGAGAACGGGGAACUCUGGAUGAACUUUGUUUGUAAGAAGGAAAAGAUGAAGCGUAAGAAGAAGGAGCCUAAUGAGAAACAACUAUUUCAUGGUACCAACGGCCAGUACGUUGAUGCCAUCUGUCAGCAAGGCUUUGACUUCCGGUUCUCCGGGAAGACAUCGGGCACCAAGUACGGCCGUGGAAGUUACUUUGCCAAGUCUGCAGCCUACGCUGAUCACUACAGUAAUGAAGGGGAGAUGUUUCUGGCUCGUGUCCUUGUUGGUCAGUAUACCAAGGGUCAAUCCUCCUUUGUCCGGCCACCACCAAUCAACCCAAAGGAUCCCUUUGAGCUGUAUGACUCCUGCGUGGACAGCGAAUCAAAUCCAGGAAUAUUUGUCAUGUUCACCUUUGACCAGGUUUAUCCAGAGUAUGUUAUAAAGUACAAGAAGGGUGGAAUACAAUGAAAAAUAUGGGAACAUGUUGUAGCUUAAUGUAAAUAGGCCUUUCGUUUUUCUUGUACAGUGUAUAACAUCAUAAACAGAAUGAUAAUUGUAUUUUUGAAGAAAAUUUUCUAAAUUUGGAGAGCUAGAUGUUUCUUUAAAGGAUCCCUGUCCCACUGCAAGCAAAACACUAAAGAAUUCCACUGUAGUUUUUCCAUAUAUACAUGUACAGUAAUCUCCCCUUUAUCGCAUUUUGGGUUUACCGGGUAAUAGUAAUUAAGCUAGUCCAGAGCCAGAAUUACCAUUGAUCAGGGCCACUUUUGUUUGUCGCGAUCCAAACAGUUGGACCAGAGUUGUUCGUUUAUGAAAUAAGGUCGGACCUAGUAAUCUGAUGCUGCUUUCAGGUGAGCCUUGACAUAAACAUUAGCAGGUCUGCCAGGAUUUAUAGCCGAAAAUGUUACAUUUAAAAACAGACAUAAACGAACCAGCCCUUGGUAGAUCAGUUGGUUGAGUCUACAGAAGCCUGAUCAGAAUUUUGUCAAGGGUUCCAAUCCCGGUCUGGCCCUAUCAACUUUUACCUCUAGAAUAAUAUUGUGGAUUUUAUUCUUAAUUUAUUUCAUUUAAAUUUUCUAUGAUUUAGUCCUGCAACAUGUGGAUUCCUCAUCAGGAAUGAUUGUUAAAGGUAUGGUCAUAGCAAUGAAAAAGAUUUUAUUUCAUAUUUAUAGAUUUUGGCAGUGGUACAGGGAUCCUUAUUGUUUGAAAUAUAAGUAUGGCAGGAUUACCUCCGUUGUCAUGACACGCUGAAUGGAUCUAUCUUUGACAAGAGUUUGAAAUCUUGGUCAUACAGGGUCUUGAAAAUGAAAUCAAAGUCAUCAUGUUGAAUUUUGGUUGGUUGGCAACACCGUCUGUAUCAGCUAGAUGUUGAGAGAACUUGCUAUUGAGUUUGGCUGUUUUUUAACAAGACAUUUAGUAAAAAUGCCUCUAAAUCUAAUAAUGAAUGUAAAGUUUAGAUAUUUAUUUCAAAAUAUAUAAAGCUUUACACAUUUUCCUGUGAUGUAAAGACAUAAGUAACUCUGGUUUGGUUUGAUGUUUAUAUUUUUGUCUUUUGUUGAUUGAUUUUUUUUUAGAUAUUUUACACUAUGUUUGUUUUUGUAAAUACAUUAGAGUUAUAUAUAAGGUAUGCUUAACAUACAUUACAGUAUCCAAUUAUAUAUCACUUAAACCCUUUCCCCUGCCUCAAUGCAGUAUACAGGAAUCAGCUUGUCUGUCUGUCUGUCCAUUUCUACUAACUAUAUAACAUCCAGUCCUUAUGAGCUAAAAGGUAUGGCCUGACACAUUGAAAUUUAAUAGAUUCAUUCAGUUAGUUUCCUUGUGGAAAACAAAGUUUAGCUCCAUACUGCAUAGUAAUAUUUAAUGGAAUGUCUGUCUAUCUGUGAAUAGAAAUUAAGGUUUGUCUCAACAUUUUUCUCUAAACUACCAGACUAAUUUCAACAUCUAUAUCUAAUGUAGUUGUGCACUUUGCAUAUAUGCCCUAAUUAACCUGUGACCUGUUUAUCCAUGUCUGUCAUUGAGCACCAUCCCGCAUAGCUGCGGAAAUUAGCUCUAGGUCCAAUAAAUUUGUUUUUUUAUUUGAAAUUGUAAAUGUAAAAUUUCAAAAUAUAAUGUAUAAAGUCAAAAUAACAUAUAGUAAUCAGAGCUAGAGCUACAGUUUCUGCAGCUAUAUCUGGCAUCUGUUAACACUUUACAGUUUUGUUUUCUUCUCAAAUACCACUAGACCAGAUGAUUCUAUAGCCAUAGGCAAAUCAAAAGUGUCAAUGAUCUGGAUUUUAAUGCCCAGAAGCUGCAUAGGAGUAGUCACACUGUCUAAAUUAAGUAAAAAUUAAUUUUCUUCAGGCUUGGAUUUGCUACAUGCAAAAUCAAACACUCUUCCAUAAUGAAGAUGUCGAAAUAUUUUAUAUCAAAAUAGUGAAUUUUACUAUCCACGCCUAGGGGUUACUCAUCCUCCACUGGGCCUAGGGAAAGAGGUAAAGUUGACUAUAGUUUAUAUAGAGAUAUAACAGUUUUUGGUAAUGUCUCAGUAAAAAAUAUUGAUAACUGUUGAUACUUUGUAAAAGUGAGGGUACGUCUAAUGGUUGAUUUUCAAGUUUUCGAUAUUCAAGAUGCCUGCCUUUGCUUAUACAUUUAUUCCUGUAAAAUGAAUUCUUUUAGCUGGAAUUAAAUAUUAUAUUUUUCAAUGGUUCAUUUUGAACUGCAGGGAUAGUUCAAGGGAAAGGGACAUUUGUAAAUGUUCCUGAUACAGUUAGAAUUUGUUUUGUCUAGACAACUGCUCAAAAUAUUUUAACAGACUUUCCUGGAAUGUUGCACUCAUUUGUCAUCAAUCGGUAUACCAGGAAGUUGUAUUGAGUACGCUUUAUAUUCCAUCUCUACCAUGUUCAUGGGGAGUUAAGAGAAGGGAGGUGUUGGCUUACAGUACUGUUACAAAAAUGUACAGUGUAAAAUAGAGUUUAUCAGUAAUACUAUAGGCGGGGGGGGGGGGGGGGGGGG